GCGACGUGCGGCCGUUGACAUGGCGGGUCGCUGUGAAUGUCUCGCAGCCCGUGUCCGGUAGUGGCUCCGUUCGCACAGCACGGCGUCUGGCCGUGGGCGUCCGUCGUGGCCGUGGCCGCGACAGGCGUGACCGCGACAGCCGUGACAGGUGAACGCUGCUGCCCCGCGCGCGGCCAGGCAGCAGAGGACGGCGAGCUUCCCCAGCUUGCCGCCACCCGCACCCCGUGGACCGGUGAACGACAGCUCCCCCUCCGCCCUUGGCAGCCACGCACCGCCUGCACACACACACACACAACUCAACCCAGCGCUGCGCAAGCUUGGCCUGUUGCCCGUCUGCAUGUGAGACUCCAGCACGCACCUCCGCCCGCUGCACCCGAGAGCUACUCCGCCCGCUGCACCCGAGAGCUACUCCGCCCGCUGCACCAGAGAGCUACCCCGACCCAGCACCCGAGAGCUACCCCGACCCAGCAUGAACGACUUUGAGCGCGUGGGCCGCAACCUCGUCCGCACCUUCUACGACCCGCUCCCGACCAACGACUCCAAGGACCCCAUCUGGCUGCUCGGCGAGCGCUACGACCCCAGCGCGCCGCUCAGGCCGCCGCCGAGCGACGCGCCCGAGACGGUCUUGGGCGAGCGCGCCGAAGACGAGAGCUGGAUACGGACCAGCGUCGACGAGGCCGAGCGCAAGGAGGCGCCGAACGGCCAGGACCCGGCCCAGUAUGGCGGGUGGCCGUCGGCCUUUCUCGACGACUUUGAGUCGCGCAUAUGGCUGACGUACCGCUCCGGCUUCGCGGCCAUAGCGAAGAGCCAGGACCCAAAGGCGACAGCCACGAUGAGCUUCCGCGUGCGCAUGCAGAACCUCGCGUCGCCCGGCUUCAGCUCCGACACGGGUUUUGGCUGCAUGAUCCGCAGCGGCCAGUGCAUCCUGGCGAAUGCGCUGCAGGUGCUGAAGCUGGGGAGAGGCUGGACGUGGCGCGACCACGCGUCAGACGCGACACACUGCGCCAUCCUGGCCCUCUUUGCAGACGACGCCAGAGCGCCCUUUUCAAUACACCGCUUCGUCGAGCACGGCGCUGCCGUGUGCGGCAAGUACCCCGGCGAAUGGUUCGGCCCCUCGGCGGCGGCGCGCUGCAUCCAGGACCUGGCCAACAAGCACAGCGAAGCCGGGCUCCGGGUCUACGUCUCGGGCGACGGCGCAGACGUGUACGAGGACAAGCUGAAGGCCACGGCCGUCGACGACGACGGGAACUGGCAGCCCACCCUCAUCCUCGUCGGCACCAGGCUGGGCAUCGAUAAGAUCACGCCCGUCUACUGGGAGGCCCUCAAGGCCGCUCUGCAGAUGAAGCAGAGCAUCGGCAUCGCAGGCGGCCGCCCCUCGGCAUCCCACUACUUUGUCGGCACCCAGGGCAACACCUUUUUCUACCUCGACCCGCACACCACGCGGCCCCUGCUGCCGUACCACAGCCCGCCCCUGCUGCCGUCUGACGACGACGCAGAACAAACGCCCAGGCCCGACGCAGAACAAGCACCCAGGCCCGACGCAGAACAAACACCCAGGCCCGACCCAGAACAAACGCCCAGGCCCGACGCCCCCUCCACUGCAGACUCGCAGGCCUCCACUGCAGACUCGCAGGCCUCCACUGCAGACUCGCAGGCCUCCACUGCAGACUCGCAGGCCUCCAUUGCAGACUCGCAGACUACCAUCGUCCCCUCGCCAGCCGACGCGUACACGCACGCGGAUCUGUCGUCCUGCCACACGCGCCGCAUCCGCCGCCUGCAGAUCCGCGAAAUGGACCCCUCGAUGCUGCUCGCCUUCCUCGUCACCUCCGAGCACGACUACCGCCAGUGGAAGGAGGGCGUCCAGAGCGUCCAGGGCAAGUGCCUCGUGCACGUCCAGGACCACGAGCCGAGCCCGCGUGGGCAGGAGAGGGACGGCGCCGUCGACGACGUCGAGAGCUGGGACGAGGACGGCCUGCAGUAGUGCGUUGCGCAUGUGGUGGGUGUCUGGGCACCGUGGCUGUGGUGGAUGAUAUCAUGACGGUAACGCAUUUUUUGGAGUUGGGCUUCGGGUAGAUUAUUUCGUAAUCGCAUGCAGCUGCGCGCUGUUCUUGAAACUGUGUCUUUGCUGCU